UAUCGAUAUUAUAGCAUAGCACGUGUAGUUGUGUUGCAUUUAAAAUAUAUUUCUGCCCGAGUUAAUACGCAUCAGACGCCCAAGUUAAGAUGGUUAAAGUACAGAAACCGCAGCCUAAAUCGCUUAACAAGAGCAGCAGCAUCGAAGGCGUGGCCAAGAAAAAGGGCAAGCCAGAGAAGACAAAAAAACUACCCGCCGAAGCCAUUGAAUCGACUAGCAGCAAAAAGGAAAAAAACGCGGUUGUGCAAAAAAAAGAUGCCGUCAAAAAAGACCCAAAAGUAGUUAAAAAGGAGGCUGAGAAGAAGCAGCCAAAAGCGGCCAAGAGGCCCCUGAUUUUAGCGCCACCAGAGUCGCCGGUUGCUCCUAAAGAAAAGAAACCUAAGGCAAAGCCAGCUGUGUCGACAAAAAAGAUUGCAGCCAAGAAGCCUCUGAUUUUGGCUCCUCCAGAGUCCCCAGUGGCACCAAAAAAGCAGGAUAAAAAGCUUAAGCCUGCACCCGUUGAAAAAGAGUCAGCUCCAGCCAAGAAAUCUGUUAAGGAAUCUGCCCCAGCAAAGAAGACUGCAGAGCCUGCACCUGGAACCAAGAAAACUCCAUCUAAAAAGUCUGCACAAGGUGCUCCUCCAGCUAACGAGACAGAAAAGAUUGCUCCUCGAACCAAGAAGACGGUAACAGCUGUUCCUGAAGCAAAGAAAUCCCAGAAGCCAGUUACUGAGGCACCCAAAAAGUCUCAAAAACCCGCUAAGGAAGUUCCUCAAACUGCCAAGGCUCAGCCUGCUGCCCAGCUCCAAAAGAAGGCAAAGUCGGUGCAAAAGCUCUCCAAACCCGUGAAGGCGCCAAAAUCUAAAAAGCCCCUCAACAAGUCCAAGCCUAGUCAAGUCAAAGGCAAGGCCAAAAAGGAGCCGGCCAAACCCAAGAAGCAAGUUGAGCUAACCUUCGAACUAAAAUCGUUCGACGAAAAAAGGUACCAGGAAAUAGUCAGUGAGAAUAAUGUGACGAAAGUCUGCCAGGCUUUGAAGUCUUUAGUGUCAGAGGAGGUAGCCAAAAAGAAGGCUACCUCAAUUUUCACCGACUACCGAUACAUACUGCAGGUAUGCAGCUACAAGAUACCCAGCUGUCCCAAACGCAUGGUCAAGUUGAACCUAAAGCACUCACUGGUGGGCAGCGACGACGAUGUGGCUCUCAUUGUGACCGAUUUGCAGCGUGGUGCCAAAUUUGAAUCUGAUCCCACCAAACAGCACUACGAAGAUCUGCUGCGUGAUGCCGCCGUGCAGCAGCGUUUUACCAUCUACCCAUUCAACCAACUGCGCAAUGAAAUGGGCUCUUUCGAGGCCAAGCGCAAGUUCCUUAACAGCUACGACUACCUGUUGUGCGACGGUCGCAUCUCGGGUCAUGCUACCUCAUUUUUGGGCAAGAACACACAAAAAGCGCGCAAUGUCCUCCAUUCUGUGCGCCUGAGCAAAGUCGGCUACCAGCUGUCACAGGAGGUGAAACGAGCUCUAAACCGUACGGCAUUUAGGCAGUUGGCGAAGGGCGAUCUGACGGCCAUUCCGGUGGGCAAUCACGAGAUCAGCGCUGAGCAGCUAGCUGAAAACAUUUUACUGGUGAGCAAGCAGCUCCAGCAAGUCUUUCCCGGUGGCCUGGCCAACAUUCGGUCGAUGUAUCUGAAGAUCGACAUUGCGGGCACUUCGGCCCUACCGCUGUAUGUCAGCAUGUGUGCGCCACCAGCGGAUACGCCCUAUGUGGUGGGUCCUCGGGAGCAGCGGAUGCUUAAACUUAAGAAGCAGGCCAACGAGGUGCUGUCCAAAUUUGCAUUGACCAAGGAUGCUGACUUCAUAAAGUUGACCAGGGAUCAGGUCAAGCGCAAGGCCGAAUUGCGCGUAGAGAAGGCGGCUUUGCUUGCCGCUGAUGCUGCUCCCAAGGACAACGAUGGCGAGGACACUGCCGUGCCGACUAAAAAGGCACGCAAGGACUCGAGCAGCGAGGGCGCCAAGGCUGAGGCAGAAUCCGAUGAGGAGGAGGAAGUCGAGGAGGCUGAGGACAGUGCCGGCGAAAGCGGCGAAGAUGGUGACGAUACUGAUGAAGAUGACGAUGAUGAAAAUGACGACGAUGAUGACGACGAGGAUGACGAUGAGGAAGAUGAUGACGAGGAAGAGGACGAUGAUGAUGAGGAUGAUGAGUGAAUAUCCCCAUUGCAGUUCGUUAGUUUUAGUUUUAUUUCUACUACGCAAACUAAUCUUGCUAUAAUUCCGUUUGCAAUUUUUACAACAGUUUUAAGUAAUAAAUGAGUGUUUUAAGUAUGGAAA